GAAGUUCAAAACGCAUCGCUUUUCAUCACUACCGGACUCCCGCACUUUCCUCUCUCUCGAAAUUAGGGCUUUCUCGAAUGUGAGAUGAGUCGGAGCUCCGAUCCAGUCGACCCGCUCCUCGGCUUCACUCUCUUCCCCACUGCCAAGGUCUCAUCGGACCUUUCCAACCCCUACGACUUCGACCGUGAACUCCAUGCCAUCAACCUCCACCUCAACUCCUCCAUGGCCUCACGAUCUGGCCUUAAAGAUCAGGCAAAGAACAUUUUAAGUGGCAGUUCAGCGAUUCAGCAGUCUGAUUAUUCAGAAGCAUUGAAACGCCUAAAUGAGGUGGUUCCUGCAAAUGUUGUGGAAAAUCACCGGGAGAGAAGACAAGCCUUGCGUUGUAAACGGCCUCGUUUUUCUCUGAAACCUAAUCCCAGUCAACCUGAUAUUAGUUUGGAAUCAACAUUCGAUUCAAAAAAGUACAAAAACCCAGAAGAGUACUUCAUGAUCUAUGAAAGGAAUGAGAAUGCUAAAAGAGAACUGGAGAAGCAGAUGGGUGGUGCUAUAUUUGAUGGAGAUAAGCAGAAUCCAUCAUCGAUUACACGUGCCAGGCGACCAGGAAUUCCGCGGAGGUCAGUGAAAUACAAGCAUCGUAUUUCAUUGCUUGAGAACGAAAUUAUGGAGAGUGCUAUAUCUACUCAAGAGACAUUUGAAACAAGCAUUCUCAGUCCACUGAGUCAUAGCGCACAAACAGAAUCUCAUGAAAAAGUUGAUUUGGAGGAGAUGGAUUUAGCUGGUUCAGAAGUUAAGGAAGACAACAACAGGAAUAAUGAUAUUCUGGAUGGGCUGUUGUCUCAGCCUACCGAAGAACUAGAAGGCGAUGGUGCUUUGCGUCGUUUAAAGGAGAGCUUCAACGUUAAAACUUUUGAACUAGAGGAUAUUUGCCUUCCAGAAUUCCCAGAUAUCCAAAUGGCUGAUUUUAAGUCUUCCAGAAGAACCUUGCCAAAUCCUAGACCUGUGAAACCUAAACAGGGGGCAGAACGGUCUAUUCAUUUAGCUUCUCCAACAACACCAAAGAGCCUUUUGGCUUCGUUGUCUUUAUUGAAGCGGAAAAGGACUUCUGAUGAGUUGAAGUCACCUUUAAUCAAACAAAAUGACAAGAUUGAAAGUGAGAAGACAGGUUCCUGUGAGGUGUCUAAUAAAGAAUUCACUAAUGCAGCGAAAAGGUCUAAGAGGGACAGUUUAAGUAAACCUGGUGUUGCUUAUGAUGUUGACAUGGAGGAGGUUGGAGGCAGUAAGGUUACCAGUGAGACAUUUAGUAUGCUCGAAGAUGAUACUAGUAGGGAAAAUGGGUUCGAUAAUUGUGACAAGGUGGAAGAGAAGCUGCAGGAAGCAGGUCCUGAAGUUACUGCGGAAGACUCAACUUUGGAAAUGGUGAAUGGUGUUCAGAGUCAAGUUGCUGAUGAUGUGAUUGAUAGUAAUAAGAUACGAGAGGAAGACAAAGAGCAGGAAGCAAUGCCUGAACAUAAUGUGGCAGACUCAACUUCGGAAAAAUGUAACAGAGCUCCGAGUCGAGUUGCUGAUAUUGUUAUAAAUUAUGAUGGGGUACAGGAGCAAGACAAACUGCAGGACUCAGUGGCAUGUACAGAGCAUGGAUUUGAUGUGGCAGAGUCAACAGUGGAAAAAUUGAAUGCUCCAAGUCAAUUAGACUCGGCUCCAGUUGAGGAGCAUCCAAGGGUCUCUCUCUCCAAAAACGCUGACGUUGGUCUAGAGGAGCAGAAUGAGAUAAUGCAAGAGAAUUCGGGAGUUCUGUUGAACAAACCUACUGAAGCAAACUCACGUUCGCGCAGAAAGCAGAAGAAUAAAGAAGUUUCUAAAAGGCAAAGUCUAGCAGGUCAUGGUACAUCAUGGAACUCUGGGGUAAGGCGAAGCACCAGGAUCAGGACAAGACCUUUGGAGUAUUGGAAAGGGGAACGGCUAUUAAUUGGACGUGUACAUAAUAGCCUGCCGACGGUGAUUGGGAUGAAAUAUGCCUCUCCAGGAAAGGGUGAGGGAAAAGAUUCUCUGAAGGUGAAGUACUUUGUCGAUAAUGAUGAACACAAAGUGCUUGUUGACCUAGUUUCUUAUCAUUGAGAUGACUGCCAUUAAAAACCAUGAGACAUGGGGUACAAAGGUGUUCUUUUUUGCUUUCUUUUCUUGGUUCUUCCCUAGGAACAUUCUCUGUUUUAACAGUGGAAGGGCUUGUUUGAGUUGAUUAAUGUAGCCAGCAUACGUUAAUACAACCUAGCUUCUGUUGUAAUAUCUUUGGUGUAG